AUGCCACCUCAAAAUUCUUCCUGCGAAAACUGUUAUAUUCUUACCUCUCAACUUAUUGUAAAGGAUGAAACUAUAUCAUCGCUUCAACAAUAUAUCAUAAAGUUACAAAAAGAUUUGUUAUUUACUCAACAAGAAUUAAUUCGUUGUAACGAAACGUUAGAGCAUUAUAGUUGCUCUUCAAUUGCAAGUAGUCAUAAUGUUGAUAUUAUUAGUCAUCGUCAACAUACAACAAAGUCAAAAACUUGUAUGAAUCCUUUUCAUGAGUUGAAUGAUGGAGAAUUAAGUGGCAGCGAAAGUUGUAGUGGAACUGCGGCUUUUCAUAAAACCGAAAGAUGUUUUCAAAAUAUUUUAGAUAAUAUUGGAACUCUCAAAAUUCAAGAAGAAUACAAAGUUUGGGUCGGAAAUGUCAUCCCUCCUAUUACAAUUCAAGGAUUAAAGUAUAGAUUUGAAGAUGAAUUUGGAGAAGUUUUAUCGAUUGAGCACUAUGCUCCUCAA